CCGAAUGAUUUGAUUGCCAUCUGUGGCAUGGCUCUGCGACUGCCAGGAGCAAUUUCCACCCCGGAAGACUUCUGGCACUUUUUGCUGGACAAAGGCGAUGCUCGCUCUCGUGUCCCUGCCUCGCGGUACAACAUCGAUUCUUACUACGUUGGAGAGGCAAACCCAGGAACAGUACAAACGGAACACGGCUACUUUCUUGACGACGAAAAUGCCAAUGUCCGCGAUCUAGAUGCCUCGAUGUUUAGCAUACCACGCGCAGAGCUCAGGCGGGUUGAUCCACAUCAACGUAUGAUGCUCGAGGUGGCGAGGGAAUGCUUGGAGGAUGCCGGCGAAGUCGGCUGGGCUGGGAGCCGGAUCGGAUGCUAUAUGGGAAGCUUCGGCGAGGACUGGUGCGAGAUGUUCGCCAAGGACCCGCAGCAAUACGGCCUGCACCGGGUUGCUGGCUAUGGAGAUUACAUGUUGUCAAACCGAGUCUCCUAUGAGCUGGACCUCCAUGGUCCAAGUAUGACAAUACGAACCGGCUGUUCUGCGGCACUCGUAGCACUUCACGAGGCCUGCCGAGCGAUCCAACAUGGAGACUGCGAUGCAGCACUCGUAGGAGGAGCCAAUCUCAUACUUGCGCCUGGCAUGACGACUGCUAUGACGGAGCAAGGCGUUCUGGCGAAGGAUGGCUCAUGCAAGACAUUCAGCGCGGAUGCAAACGGUUACGGUCGCGGCGAGGCCAUUAAUGCUGUCUUUAUCAAGCCCGUACGUACGGCUCGACGAGAUGGAAAUCCAAUCCGGGCGGUUAUUCGAGCCACUGCCACGAACAACGAUGGUCAUACCCCAGGUAUCUCGUACCCAAGUGGAACAGCACAGGAGGCUAUGAUGAGGCAUGCUUAUGCCACUGCAAACCUGGACCCCACCGAGACCACUUUCGUGGAGUGCCAUGGCACUGGAACACCCGUCGGAGAUCCCAUCGAGAGCAACGCUGUCGGACGUGUUUUCAGCGCUCAAGGAUCGUCCGAUCGUACAAGGUACAUCGGCUCGGUCAAGCCAAACAUGGGUCACUCGGAAGGUGCAUCGGGUCUCACAUCUCUGGUCAAGGUUGUGAUGUCACUGGAGAAGCGGACCAUUGCCCCCAAUAUCAAGUUUCGCACACCAAACCCUGAAAUCAAGUUUGACGAAUACCGCAUGACGGUCCCGACUGAGCCUACUCCGUGGCCGCAAAACCGAGCUGAACGAGCGAGCAUCAAUUCCUUCGGCAUUGGUGGCUCGAAUGCUCACGUUAUUUUGGACUCUGCUGCAAGUCUGGGGCUAACGACCAUGGCGGCAGCUCAUUCCAAACCACUUUUUUUUGAGCGCACAUUGGACGUUCCGCGACUCCUGCUUCUCUCAGGAGCUACCAUCAGCUCUGUGACCCGACUUGGAGACUUGUAUGCUCACCACGUGCAACAUCGGUCAGAUUGCCAUGUUGAUGUAUCACACACAUUGGCCAAUCAUCGGGAGCACCUUCCAUAUCGCUCAUACGCUGUGGCUCGCUCGCAGGACACUCUCUCGUUUUGCCCACCAGUCAAGACUCCGCAGAUAUCCAGCAACCUGGUCAUGAUUUUUACUGGGCAGGGCAGUCAGUGGCCGGGCAUGGGAUCACAUUUGCUGUGCACUCAGCCAGCUUUCCGCGCAGCAAUUUCACGCCUCGAUCAACAACUUCAACGGCUUCCACAGCCUCCUGAAUGGAGCAUCGCAAUAGAGCUGUGCAAAGAGUCGGGCAGAAGCCGUGUCUAUGCUGCCGAAUUCGCCCAGCCUCUGACAACCGCGGUCCAGAUCGCUCUCGUGGACUUGUUCGCUUCCUUUGGCGUGAGACCCUCUGCGGUAGUAGGACAUUCAAGUGGCGAAAUCGCGGCUGCAUAUGCGGCCGGAGCACUCACAUCAUACGAAGCGAUGGCUGCGUCCUUGCAUCGGGGCCUGAUCACUCGCAAAGCCAAGCGUGCAGGAGCUAUGGCGGCGGUUGGUCUCAGCUGGAGUGAGACCGUUCCUUACCUCCGUCCAGGUGUCACAAUAGCUUGUGACAACUCACCCACGAGUGUGACAAUAUCGGGCGACGCCGAUGUGUUGGGCCAGGUUGUCGAGGCCGUACGAAGCAACAGGCCAGAAGUCUUGGCCCGUCCGCUCAAGGUCGACCAAGCAUAUCAUUCUCAGCACAUGGUCGACAUCGGAGACGACUAUUGUCGCAGCAUCGAAAACCUCGUUGAAGGGACACUACCAACUAGGGCACUGUUCUUUUCCAGCGUUAAUGGACGAAGUUGUGAACACGAUCUGAUCAUGGAUGCCAAGUACUGGCAGAUGAACCUUGAAUCACCCGUCCUUUUCCGGACUGCUUUGGAGAACCUCAUCAACAACCCAAUCAGUAGUAACGCAGUGUUCCUAGAGAUUGGCCCACACGCAGCCUUGGCUGGACCAAGUCGACAGAUUCUUGCGCAUGCUGGCAUUGCCGCGCCUUACGUGACCGCAAUGAACCGUGCCAGCGACAGUUCCGAAACGUUUCUGAGUGCUAUCGGCAAACUGUAUCAGCUGGGAAUUGCUAUCGAUUUCACUGGCUUGGUAGUAGGCGGUAAAUGUCUAUCGGGCCUUCCUCGUUAUCCCUGGGACCACAGCGCAUGCGGCGACUACUGGUACGAAUCGCGCCUGAGUAAAAACUGGCGGCUAAAGCCACAUCCUCACCAUGAUCUGUUGGGGUCGAGGACACUGGAGAGCUCGGAGUUGGAGCCCAGCUGGCGGAACAUUCUGCACCUUGACUCGUCUGCUGGCUGGGUUCGUGAUCACUGUGUCGGAGACGAUAUUGUAUUUCCGAUUGCCGGCUAUGUAGCCAUGGCUGCUGAGGCUGUCCGCCAGCUAGCCGGAGACGGUGAUGGUGUUAGCUUCCGCCAGGUUGCCGUACGUACUGCGUUAGUACUGUUCGAGGAACGGCCCGUCGAGCUUCUGACGACCCUCCGACAUCAUCGUUUGACGGAUGAUCUCGAUAGCGAAUGGUGGGAAUUCGUUAUCAGCUCUACGAAUGGAUCAGUGUGGACCAAACAUUGCUCAGGUCAAGUGAGAGGCCGGGCCCAAGAUGUUCAUACCAUGAUGGGUUCGACUACACAAGAACAUGCAAGGAUAGUCGAUUCCAGACGCUGGUACGACACUUUUGCUCGAGUCGGGCUUAAUUAUGGCCCACAUUUUCAGAGACUUGGUAACAUUCGCUCCGCAACAACCAGGAAUGAAGCAUCCGCCAAUUUGCCGAGCAGCACCGGACAGGAUCAGGGCAAAUAUUACAUGCAUCCGACAAUCUUGGAUGCUGCGCUGCAGAUGUCCAGCAUCGCCCACACUCGUGGCAUAUACAAAGAUGUGUUGCAGACUUGGCUGCCCAUUCGCAUCGAGGAUAUGAGCAUCAAACGUAGCGACAUUGCCCUUGACCUUGUUGCUACCUCAGCUUUAAUGUCAGGCGGGAAUUUGCGCGGUUGUAUCCAAGCCACAGCAAACGGAUCCGUUGUUCUUGAUAUCCAGGGCAUGGUUUUAUCGCCGCUGAAGGACACAGUGUCGAAGGCGCUCCCUGACACACACACUACUUCUCGUUUGGAAUGGCGGGAACACAUUGACUUUAUGCAAGUCACGAGUCUGAUCAAGCCAUCGGUAGACCGCUCUCAGUACACGCUUUCUUUGGACGAACUCUCGACACUCUGCGUGCUGCAUACGAAACAGGCCAUCGCUGACUGCAAGAGCGAUCCGACUUUGCCCCAUCUGGACAGGUUUCGCCAAUGGCUUGAUGCGUACAAUCCAGCCUUCCCAAAUACUCGGCAGUCUUCGGAUCGUCAAGGUCUCAUGCAGCGUAUACGAGUCUUGCAAGACGAGCUAGCGGAUACACCUGCGGCCGUAGCGGCCGCCGCAAUGGAGACAUUACGCAGCAGCAUCGAAGACAUCUUCACCGGCAGGACUGAUGCACUGGAGCUGUUGCAAUCGGAUGGCACAUUGGCUGAGCUCUACAACUUCAUCAGCCAGGUCAACCACUCCGACUUGCUGCGCCACCUGGGGCACACGAAGCCGACAAUGCGUAUCCUUGAGCUUGGAGCGGGUACAGAUAUGACCACAGCGACAAUCUUACAGGAUGUGAACCGUCCAGAAUGCCCUGUCUCAUACCAGAAGUACACCUUUACAGACGUGUCGAGCAGUCGGAUUUCGGCUGCGAAAGAAUCGUGUCCGGAUGUAGCCAAUCUGGAAUUUGCCACCCUAGACAUCAACCAAGAUCCGUUGAAGCAAGGCUUUGAGGAAGAGAGCUAUGAUCUGGUUAUCGCAACCAAUGCUUUGCAUACGACCGACAAUCUGACUACGACCCUGGGCCACGUUCGCAAGCUGCUUCGCCCUGAUGGUAGAUUAGUCUUGCACGAAAUUUGCUCUACCUCAAAGUGGUUGAACUAUAUAUUUGGCUUGAUGCCCAGUUGGUGGAAUGGUGAGGCUGACGGGCGGGUCACAGAGCCUUAUAUUACACCAGAACUAUGGAGAGCACUGCUGAGCGACGCAGGCUUUUCCAGCAUCGAAGGCCCUGUAUAUGAUACGAACCCACCGUUUCAGCUCAGCGCAACGAUUGUGGCCAGGCCUCAAGCAGAACACCCAGGGCAAAGCGCUGAACGAGCCAUGACCCUAAUCGUGCACGACGUGGAGAUGGCGCCAACUGAACUCAUCCAUGCUUUGAGCUCCAAGGGAUACAAAGUGGAUGUUUGCGAUAUCCGUCAACGCCAACCAGCACCCAAUAUCGACCAGCUGGCCAUUCUGGACGAGUCUGGGCCAUAUUUCGACCAUCUCUCCGACGCACGGCUGAAGCGAUUUCAGAACCUCAUUGCUACAAUCGGACAAGCAGGUUGUAUGUGGAUGACAAAGCCAUCUCAGUUGCGUUGCAUCGAUCCACGCUACGCACAGAUUCUCGGUGCUGCGAGAUCUGUUCGGUCGGAGCUGGCUGUCGAUCUCGCAGUGUGCGAAUGUGAUCGCGAAGAUAACGACUCAUGGGAUACGGUUGUUGAUGUCUUCACGCACUUUCUGCAGAAUCGCAAGAAAAGUCUGGUGGAAAGCGAUCUCGGUCCGGACUAUGAGUAUGCCAUCCGAAAGAACAAGGUUUAUGUCGGGCGAUAUCAUCCCUUUGAUUUGCAGGCCGAGCUGAAGCCUCUGUGUGUCGAAGCCGGCGAAAAACAAACAACUCUGGAAGUGGAUAAGCUCGGACUGACACCCGGUACAAAAUGGUUCCAGCGUCCGAUUGCAGCGCUAGCGGACGACGAUGUGGAAGUCGAGGUCUACAGUACUGGGCUGAACUUCAGAGAUAUCCUGGGCACUGUAGGUGUCGUCAAUGUCGGUGAAGAUGGCCUCGGGCUUGAGGCUGCUGGAGUGGUGCGGCGUACUGGUCGGGAUGUUAUGGAUCUCGCAGUUGGGGAUCGCGUCCUCUUGCUAGGUGGUCCUGCAUUCUCUACUCAUGUCGUGACUUCACACCAGCUUUGCCAAAGAAUUCCUGCAGGGCUCAGCUUCGACGAGGCAGCCACCAUGCCAUGUGUCUAUGGCACCGCCAUUUACUCUGUGUUCGACACAGGAAGAUUGACGAAAGGCCAGUCUAUCCUGAUCCACAGCGCCUGCGGGGGUGUUGGUUUGGCAGCAAUCCAGCUAGCACAGAUGGUCGGCGCUGAAAUCUUCGCAACGGUAGGAAACGAUGAGAAGGUGCUUUACCUCAUGAAAACCUUCAACAUCCCUCGAGAUCACAUCUUCAACUCCCGCGAUACCUCGUUCGUCCGCGAUCUCAAACUGGCAACCAAGGGGCGUGGUGUCGACCUGGUUCUCAAUUCCCUCUCUGGAGAACUGUUGCAUGCAAGCUGGCAGUGCGUGGCCGAAUUCGGAAAAAUGGUCGAAAUCGGGAAAAAAGACAUUCUUGGAAGCGGCAAACUCGACAUGUCUCCGUUCCUCGCCAACCGAAGCUUUUGCUGCGUAGAUCUCGACGAGCUCUGCAAGAAGCAGAAAUCGGUGGUCAGUCGUCUACUGCACGACAUGAUCCAACACUAUGGACAAAAAUACAUCAAUCCCAUUCAGCCGAUGAAGACCUUUCCAGCGAGCAAUGUCGAGGACGCUUUCCGCUACAUGCAGAAAGGGCAGCACCUUGGAAAGAUUAUCGUCCAGAUGCGUGAUCACAAUGGCGAGCUACGCCUCAGCAAUGAUCACGAUCCCAAGGCUGGGACUGACACACUGCGGUUCGACCCACAGGCUGCGUACCUCUUGAUCGGAGGGCUGGGGGGCUUGGGUCGUGCGGUCGCAUCAUGGAUGGUCGAGCACGGCGCACGGCACCUCAUCUUCAUGUCGCGUUCUGCCGGUCAAGCCCAGAGCGACAAGGACUUCAUUGCUGAGCUGGAAAGCAUUCCUGGCUGUGCAGCGCAGGUGGUCAGAGGAAGCGUCGCCGACUAUGAUGCUGUCCAGCAAGCGAUGGAGCAAGCCACAUUACCCAUCAAGGGGAUCUUACAAAUGUCCAUGGUCCUGAGAGACCAGAACUUCGCCAGGAUGUCACACGACGAAUGGCUCGCGGCCGUGGACCCCAAGCUCACUGGUACAUGGAAUCUCCACCACGCCGCCGGAGCCACGGGACAGAAGCUAGACUUUUUCGUCCUCUUCAGCUCCGUGUCCGCGACAAUCGGACAACCCGGCCAAGCCAACUACAACGCCGCAAACGCAUUCAUGACCGCAUUCGCACAAUAUCGCAGAAAAUUCGGACUCCCCGCCUCGGUGAUCGACGUCGGCGCCAUGGAAGAGGUCGGCCACAUCGCAAACGACACGACACUUCUUCGCAAAGUCAAAGCCAGCGCGGCAUACGCACUACGCGAACGCGAACUUCUCGAAGCUCUGCAUCUCGCAAUCCUCAUCGGCAAUUCUCCUUGCGCCCACGACAACGACGAAGGCUUCGUCCCCACAGAGCAUUUCGUGCUGGGAAUGUGUUCUCUCGUCCCCAUCAGUUCCCCGGAGAGCAGAGCCCUAUGGAAAACCGACCGGCGUAUGGGCGUGUUUCACAACACCCGCCACACGCAAGGAACCCCCCAAACCUCCUCCUCCUCCUCCUCCGACAGCGCACUCCUGUCCUUCUUACUCGCCGCUCAAUCCCAGCCCGAGCUCCUGCAAACUCCCAGCGCGCGGACUUUCGUGGCCACGGAGAUCGGAAAGAAACUUUUCGAAAUGCUGCUCCGGCCUGCCGAGGAUCUCGAAAUUUCACGGUCGUUGACGGAUCUGGGGAUGGAUUCUUUCGUCGCGAUUGAGGUGAGGGCUUGGUGGAAACAGGUCUUUCGGACGGAGGUGAGUGUUUUGGAGAUUUUGGGACAGGGGAGUAUGGAGGAACUUGGGGGGUUGGCGAUUGAGAAGUUUAUGAGGAGGGCUUGAUGAGUACGUGGGUAGGUAUGUUUGCGGUUUUUUUUUUUUUUUGGUUUUAGGAGGGGAUUUGGAUUUUAGUUUUGGUGAAAGAGUGUUCGUUAUAUAUAUAUAUAUAUAUGUGAAAUUUAUAAUAUGGUACUUCCG